GUGCUUGCCGCCGACCGAAGCCUAGCGACUAUUUUAUCAAAGAGCCUGCAACAUGGACGCAGACGAGGAGUUAGUGCCAAUGGAUGACAAUGUGUUCGAGGAAGUAAUUGAGGAGCCCACUAAGAAGCCAACUAAGAAAAAAGUCGGACGCAAGAAAGUUGCUAAAAGAAAGCAAGUGAAGCGGUCCAAACCGUCUAGAGCCAGUUCUAUUGGUUCGCUUACAUCUAUUGCAGAUUGCAUUUUCUCUGAUGACGAGAUGAGAGAUGAGUACCUUGCUGAUUUAAAUGGAUUGGAUGUGACAAGGAGUAUUGGUGGAUCGGAAUCUAGUGCCUCUGAACUUGGCUCUCCCACUGGUUCUGUGACAUCAUCUUCACUGUUUUUUGAAUCGGACUCAUCAUGACCAGAGAGUGCUAAUUCUUCCAGACCAACCAGUGCUUGUUCUUCUCGUCCAUCAAGUGUGUGUGGAUCACAUACGGUUACCGCUCCAGUGAUCUCUGACGUGGGGCCGCCUUCUUCGUGCUCUCACUCCCACUCUUUGGUAGCACCAAGUCAACAAGAGGAAGUUACCAGUGAACUCAGUCAAAACCCUAGUGUUCUUGUGUGCCCUCCAAUAAGUGAAAUCCAAGCCCUUGCAAAAAGGAAAAUAUAUGGAAAAUAUGUGUCAAUAUAUGACUCCAUAUAUGUUUCAUGCAUUGCCAAUAUAAUUGUAUCUUGCUCAAUAUAUUGCAAAUUAUCUUGCGCAAUACGUGGUUUAUAUAUGGGGGUAUAUCUUGGAGCCCAUUAAUAUAUUAUGCAUAUAUUUCCCCAUAUAAUAUUAUCUUCGCGAAAUGUAUGUUUCAAUAUCUGACACGGUGCCCGUCGUGGGAUGGGGCAGGGUGAGGAGGGCAGACUUUUCAAGUAACUUUUCUUAAAAUCUUGGCACUCGAUGUUGAAAGGCGGCUAUAUU